GUAGAGGGCACACUAACAAAGCUUUAGGUUCGCUGCCAUAGCUAGCAACUAGAGGUGGAGCGGAACGGUCUCUGUAUUCCUAGGAGCAGUGUUUUGUGGCGGCCGCCCUAGGUCACAUCUGUUCCCCCACAUUCGGACAUAUAUACUGGGAUUUACACUUUGCAACUGUCUAUGAACACGGCCAUGGAGCCUGAGCCGGAAGCUCUCAGCAACACGUUUCAGCGCAGCUUCUUGGGUUGCCGGCGCCUCGCUUCCUUUCCGUGGCACGAUCUUGAUCAAGCAGUUAAGCAAGAUCCAUUACUGAUAUCACAAAUUUUGAAAAAGACUGCUCUGCACCCACUGUGCCAAAAAUACCCGCCAUCACCACAGUACAGAAGAUUGUUCCUGUCAGAAUUGAUCAAAAAGCAUGAAUCUUCAGGAGCUGAGCCUUUGGACGACUUAUAUGAUGCACUUGCCGAAGUCUUGAACUCUGAAGAAACCACUAGGUGCUACAAAAGUUACCUGUUGCCUUCAGGAGAAUCUGUUACCCUAUCUGAAAAUGUAGCAAUUAUUUCUGAAGGUACUACAGGACUGGUAACCUGGGAAGCAGCUUUGUCUCUAGCUGAGUGGUCCAUUAAAAAUAAAGAUAUAUUCAAAAAUAGAUCCAUUUUAGAACUAGGAAGUGGAAUUGGCCUGACUGGACUUGUCAUAUGUAAGAGCUGCUCUCCAAAGAAAUAUCAGUUUAGUGACUAUCACGACCGAGUUCUCCAGCAGCUGAGAGCAAAUAUUCACCUGAAUGGCUAUAACCUUGAGACAGAACAAGAUAAUCUGACAAAAGAGAAGAAUGCAAAAGAAUAUGGUGACGGGGCAAAUCCAGAAUGUGUUCAAGUGUCAGUUACUGAGCUUAACUGGGAUUUGGUUACAGAAGAGCAACUUUUGCAGCUUCAAGCUGAUGUAGUUAUUGCAUCAGAUGUUGUGUAUGACCCAGCAAUAAUCAUCUCCUUUUCUAAAGUUUUAAAAAAGCUUUUUAACUGUACUAAAGAUGGAAGGCACCUAGAUGUGUUUGUGGCUUCAACCAUUCGCAAUCCUGAGACAUAUGAUUUAUUCUAUACUACACUUGAUAAAUCUGGGCUGACGUGGCAAGUUAUACCUGAUCAUAAGACGACUAUUUUUCAAUACAAUACAAAUAGCAAUGUAGAGAUUCUGAAUAUAAGCUUAAAGGUGUAAUAAAGGUCAUAAGUUUUUCUUAUUUGCUUUCUUGUAACUGAGAUUUGGCUAAAUAUUCUCAUUAGCCACAGUUUAUAAGUAUACCUUCUAUUAUGUUGUUAUAAAAUGUGUUAUUAUAAAACAUGUAAA